AUGUGUUUAUUAUUCCAGGAGAAGAGAAAAGCAGAGGAAGCCCUUACUGACUUGAAGCGACAACAUGAAUCAGAGGUUGCUGAACUCCAGGUGACAAUCAAGAAACUGAAAAAGCUGGAAGAACAGUCCAAGAGCAUAAACUUAAAAGAAGAUGUGGCUGCUUUAAAAAAGCGAUUGCAUGCAUUGACCCUGGAAAAUCAGAAACUCAAGAAAGAACUUCUUGAAGCCCAGACCAGCAUCUCUUUCCUUCAGAGUGAACUUGAUGCUUUGAAAAGUGACUAUGCUGACCAGAGUUUAAAUUCUGAAAGAGAUAUGGAGAUAAUCAGAGAAUAUACAGAUGAACGGGAAAACUUAGCACGGCAGAUUGAGAUUCUUCAAACAGCUAAUAGAAAGCUGCAUGACAGUAAUGAUGGACUGCGGAGUGUGCUGGAGAACAGUUUGAUCAAGUACAACAGAUCACUGCGUGCAAACACUUCGCCCGGAAGUACCAUUUCCAGGAACAGUCCCAAGUUAAACAGAUGUAAUUCUCCAUAUGACCGGUAUAGUAAAUUGCUUACGUCAUCCUACUUAGAUGAGGACUAUGAUUCUUUAGCAGUGUGUGAUCCUAUGCAGAGGAUGAACUGUGAGGUUGACAGCCUUCCUGAGAGCUGUAUAGACAGUGGUUUAUCCACUCUCAGAGACUCCAAUGAGUAUGACUCUGAAGUCGAGUACAGGGCACCAAGGAACUUCUACAGGUCAAGGUUUCCACUUGAGAGUUAUGGUGGGGAUGCUUCAGAUACAGAUGUCCCAGAAAUCCGAGAUGAAGAGUCAUAUGCCCCAGAAUCUGCUGGAUCAUUUCUUGACUGGAAACCCUCACGACCUGUCAGUAGAAGCAGUUCAGGAGCAUCAUCAAGAAAGUGCAUCUCAGCUCUACCUGCACAUGUAGAUGCAGAGGACCGACUAAGCAAGUUUCCAAGCACAGAGAAAGCAUACAAGAUAGUCCUUGCUGGAGACGCUGCUGUUGGAAAGUCUAGUUUUCUCAUGAGACUUUGUAAAAAUGAAUUUCGAGGCAACACAAGUGCUACUUUGGGAGUGGAUUUUCAAAUGAAGACCCUCAUAGUAGAUGGAGAGCCAACAUUAUUGCAGCUUUGGGAUACAGCAGGUCAGGAAAGAUUUAGGAGCAUUGCAAAGUCUUAUUUUAGAAGGGCUGACGGAGUUCUCCUUUUGUACGAUGUGACUUGUGAGAAGAGCUUUUUGAAUGUGAGGGAAUGGAUAGAUAUGAUUGAGGAUGCAACAAAUGACAGCAUACCUAUUAUAAUGGUAGGGAAUAAAGCUGAUCUCCGACAGGCACUGUCUGAACAAGGGCAUAAAUGUGUACCAACCAGUUACGGAGAAAAAUUAUCCAUGACCUAUGGUGCUUUAUUCUGUGAAACUAGUGCCAAAGAGGGGUCAAACAUCGUAGAGGCUGUACUUCAUCUUGCACGGGAAGUGAGAAAAAGAUGUGACAAUGAAGAUGACAGAGGAUCUGUAACUAAUCUUUCCGGGGCCAUCACCAAAAAACCAACACAAAUGAAAAAUUGCUGUAAUGUUUAA